UGUGUAAAAACACGAAGACUCCUCAGAGGUCAGGGUGUUGUACUUCCUGCUCGGCGGCAAAGCGUGUUCUGGUUCGUGAACCGCUAACGUUAUCGUUACGAAAAGAAAUCAAACGUCAAAAUUAGAACUUACGAUACGUGUUUAAAUUAAACCAACAUGAGUUUACCUCUCAAUCCAAAGCCUUUCCUGAACGGCCUGACAGGCAAGCCAGUGAUGGUGAAGCUGAAGUGGGGUAUGGAGUAUAAGGGCUACCUGGUGUCCGUGGAUGGGUACAUGAAUAUGCAGCUCGCAAACACAGAAGAAUAUGUAGAUGGGGCAUUGGCGGGUCAUCUUGGCGAAGUGCUCAUCAGGUGCAAUAAUGUUUUGUACAUCAGAGGCGUAGAAGAAGAGGAGGAGGACGGAGAAAUGAGGGAGUGAUGUUGGCGUCUGAGUGCGAUUUUUGUACCUCGUAGUUGAGUCAAUGCGUGUUUGUGUUUUCACCAUGUGAAACAAAUGAACGUUUGGGGGUUUGUUAUUUUUCAAGCAGUUUUGAAAAUGACUUUUUUCUUUUCUUUUUACUGUAUGUGAGACCAAUUUUAUGUUGUGACAUUGUGAUACAGACACAAUAAAGUGAUUAUUGUACCCUUUCUUAAA